CAUUCCACAGACUUUCGAGUCCUUGCAGCGGGUCGGGGAUCGAAGGAUUGGGCCAAUUGCGACUGAAACGUCUUUGGAAAGAGGAAGGGGGUGAGGGGGCAUCCUUCUGAGUUCCGCCUCUCUUUUUUCGACGCGGUCGUGGGGAAGGGGAACGUACGAAAUACUGCCCUUGAAAGCCAACGGAUCACACCUCUCCGUGCAAACUGCCGGGAGGGCGGCGGGAAAAGGGCAAGACGGGAGUGGGUAAAGGGAAGGAUCCAGGAAGCCGCGCGGGAGGGCGCGCGCGCGCGCGCCCCUUUUUCAGCAGUGUGGCGGGGGUCGCACGCACGCCCGCCUCGGCGGCUGGGCGCGGUUUGCGACAGUGGGGGGAGCGGUGGAGGUGGCGGCGGCAGUGGCAACUUUGCGGCAAGCUCCGGCCGGGCUUGCUUGACGGCGGUGUGGCGGAGGCCCCGCCCUAGGCGGCAGGAACCUGGAGGGAGGCGGAGGAAUAUGUCCGAGAGGGAAGUGUCGACAGCGCCGGCGGGAACAGACAUGCCUGCGGCCAAGAAGCAGAAGCUGAGCAGCGACGAGAACAGCAACCCGGACCUCUCUGGAGACGAGAAUGAUGAUGCUGUCAGUAUAGAAAGUGGUACAAACACUGAACGCCCUGAUACACCUACAAAUACGCCAAACGCGCCUGGAAGGAAAAGUUGGGGAAAGGGAAAAUGGAAGUCAAAGAAAUGCAAAUAUUCUUUCAAAUGUGUAAAUAGUCUCAAGGAAGAUCAUAAUCAACCAUUGUUCGGAGUUCAAUUUAACUGGCACAGUAAAGAAGGAGAUCCAUUAGUGUUUGCAACUGUAGGAAGCAACAGAGUUACCUUAUAUGAAUGUCACUCACAAGGAGAAAUCCGGUUGUUGCAAUCUUACGUGGAUGCUGAUGCUGAUGAAAACUUUUAUACUUGUGCAUGGACAUAUGAUAGCAAUACAAGCCAUCCUCUGCUGGCUGUAGCUGGAUCUAGAGGCAUAAUUAGAAUAAUUAAUCCCAUAACAAUGCAAUGCAUAAAGCACUAUGUUGGCCAUGGAAAUGCUAUCAAUGAGCUGAAAUUCCAUCCAAGAGAUCCAAAUCUUCUUCUGUCAGUAAGUAAAGAUCAUGCUUUACGCUUAUGGAAUAUCCAAACGGACACUCUCGUGGCAAUAUUUGGAGGUGUAGAAGGGCACAGAGAUGAAGUUCUAAGUGCUGAUUAUGAUCUUUUGGGUGAAAAAAUAAUGUCCUGUGGUAUGGAUCACUCUCUUAAACUUUGGAGGAUUAAUUCAAAGAGAAUGAUGAAUGCAAUUAAGGAAUCUUAUGAUUAUAACCCAAAUAAAACUAACAGGCCAUUUAUUUCUCAGAAAAUUCACUUUCCUGACUUUUCUACCAGAGACAUACAUAGAAAUUAUGUCGAUUGUGUGCGAUGGUUAGGUGAUUUGAUACUUUCCAAGUCUUGUGAAAAUGCCAUUGUGUGCUGGAAACCUGGCAAAAUGGAAGAUGAUAUAGAUAAAAUUAAACCCAGUGAGUCUAAUGUGACUAUUCUUGGGCGAUUUGAUUACAGCCAGUGUGACAUUUGGUACAUGAGGUUUUCUAUGGAUUUCUGGCAAAAGAUGCUUGCAUUGGGCAAUCAAGUUGGUAAACUUUAUGUUUGGGAUUUAGAAGUAGAAGAUCCUCAUAAAGCCAAAUGUACAACACUGACUCAUCAUAAAUGUGGUGCUGCUAUUCGACAAACCAGUUUUAGUAGAGAUAGCAGCAUUCUUAUAGCUGUUUGUGAUGAUGCCAGUAUUUGGCGCUGGGACAGACUUCGAUAAAAUACUUUUUCCCAAUCAAAAUCAGUGUGUUUUCUGUGUACAUUAGAACUAAUGUAUCUUGCUAGUAAAGGCACAUAGAGCAAUUUAGAAUUGUCUUUCAGCGUUCAAUCAGGCUGAGCUGAAUGUAGUGAUGUUUACAUUGUUUACACUCUUUGUACUGUCUCCUGCUCAGAUUCUACUGCUUUUAAUAAAAAUUUAUUUUUGUAAA